AUGGAUCGUCGCAGAGAAAUAAUUAUUGAUGAAACACCUAUGCAACAAAUGUGGAGAAGUUUUUCAGGCAAUCCCUUUCUUAUGAUUGGAGUGACUGGCUUUAUAGCAACAGCAAUAAUAGGAGGAUACAGAUUUGCAAAAAGACCCAAAGAUUCACCACCUUCAUUAUUUUUAAUCCAACUCCGUGUAACAGCUCAGUCUGUGGUGGUCGGAAGUCUAGGAAUCGGAAUGCUCUACGGUAUGGUAGACCACUGGAUAUUGAACCCCAAGCCCAAGAGAAAGGCUAUCGCUGAUGCUGAAAAUAAAUAAUUAGUUAAUUAG